AUCUUCAGCCGGCUGGAACACUUGUCCAAGAGAAAAAGACACGUACGGCUCUCCUUCACCUCCCCAAUAUUUAAACAUACAUACAUCCAUGGCUCCAUUUGAGAAAGAGAGCAAAAUGAUGAAUGAAAACCAAAAAACAGUGUGUGUGACUGGUGGAACUGGUUUUCUUGGAUCAUGGACUAUCAAGAGACUACUCCAAGAUGGCUACUCCGUCAACGCCACCGUCAGGCUCCCCCCAGAGGGCAAAAGGGACAUUAGCUACAUAACAAAUCUCCCCGGCGCGGCGGAGCGCCUGAAGAUCUUCAACGCCGACUUGGACGAGCCGGAGUCUUUCUGCCCGGCUGUCCAAGGAUGCUACGGCGUCUUCCACAUGGCCCACCCGCUCGACUUCGCCGACAACGAGGCCGAGGAGGUCAAGCUCAAACGAGUCACCUCCGCCCUACGCGGAAUUCUGCGCAUCUGCGCCGACACCAAAACGGUCAGGCGCGUGGUCUACACCUCCAGCAUCUCCACCGCCGCCUUCAAAAGCGGCGGCGGCGUCACCGACGAGAGCUCGUGGACCGACGUCGAGGCCAUCCGCAGCAUGAAGAUGUUCGGUGGUUCGUACAUCGUGACGAAGACGGUGACGGAGAGAGCCGCCAUUGAUCUCGCGGCGGAACUCGGUUUAGACCUGGUUUCGGUGCUGCCGACGUGGAUUACUGGGCCUUUCAUUUGUCCUAAUUUUCCGGACACCGUUUUAGCUUCGUUGGCGUUGCUCAUUGGUGAGAAAGGGUUCUAUCGGCACCUGAAAGAAUCGAGCGUAGUCCACGUGGACGAUGUUGCUAGAGCUCAUAUUCACCUGCUGGAAUAUCCGGAGGCGAAGGGGCGAUACAUCGUGGCGGCGGCUGAGUUCACCAUACAAGAGAUUUGCGAUUUUCUUUCUGCUAAAUAUCCCGAAUAUCCGAUGCCGUCUCCAGAUUUGUGGAAAGAUUUGACACCGGUGAAAUUGUCGGGUCUGUCGACGAAGAAGCUGGAGGCAACUGGGUUCAAGUACGAUAAUGGAUUGGAAGAAAUGUUUGACCACGCCAUUGCAACAUGCAAACACAAAGGGUUUAUGUAGUUUAUAUUGAUGUUAAGGGCAAUUGUUGAAUCAAGUUAGUUUCUAGUAAAGUAAAAGAAAAAAUAAUAUACAGAACAAUCUUAUUUACAUUAUUAUUUUUUCUCUUA